AUGGAUGACAUUAAGUUGUACGCGGCAAAUUUUCGUGAACUUAGGGGACUACUCCAAUGCGUUGAACAAUUUUCCGAAGAUAUCUCAAUGUGCUUUGGUUUGGGAGGUAAGGUGGGACUUUCCGAAGGUUAUUGUCUUCAAGAUGGUGGGAUCAUCAAUUCAAUGACAAUGGAGGAAACCUACAAAUAUCUGGGACUCCUGCAAUCAUUACGAGUUGACCACAGAGAAAUCAGGACUCGUGUAACUACUGAGUACCAACGUAGGCUCAAGGCAAUACUCAAGAGUAGUCUCAAUGGUAAAAAGACUUUCAAGGCAAUUAAUACUUUUGCUAUACCAGUACUUAUGUACACAUUUGGGAUUGUCAAGUGGUUGGAGACUGAACCUGAGAGUGUCGAGGGAAGUACCCAUGUAUUGCUUACAAAAUAUCGAAUCCACCACCCAAAAUCAGCGGUUGAGAGGAUUACUAUACCAAGAACUGAGGGAGGCAGAGGGCUCAUAGAUAUUAAGAGACAGCAUACCAGACAAAUAGAAAACUUACAGCAGUACUUCUGGAAUAAAGAAUCUUCUCUCCCGAACCAAUACGUGAUAUAA